CUGCCUGGAGCCGACCUGCUCACAUCCUCAUGUGGAUACUGCUUCCUGUCACUCAGGUCUCAGGUUCAGUUUCACCUGCUCAGAGAGGCCCUCCUUGAACUUGGGUGUAGAAGAACUUGCCUUGUUUUAUUGUCUUCAUAGCACAAUUAGGAAUUAUAUUAGACUUUCACACAUGUGCUUGCUCACUGUGUGUCUUCUCUGGACUAUAUGUUCUGGACAGCUGGACAGAGCCCCAGCUAGCAUACAUGGCAUCUAGAAGGGAAUUGGAAGGAGGUAGCCCUUCCCCCUGGCAAACACAUCAGCUUGACAAGCAGAGCACAGGCUGAAUGAAUUUAAGUCCCACUUGCAGCCCUGGUCUGGUGCUUUUGCACAGUGAACAACCUGUGUAACUGCACAUAGUGGCCCUGGUCAGGGAACUUGGUUAUCUUACUGAAGGCAAGAUCUGCAGUGCUGCAUGGAGUAUAAUCUCCUGAGUGAGCUCACGCUUCUCACUGCUCAUGCCGCUGGGACUGGGGCGGCGGAAAAAGGCGCCGCCUCUGGUGGAAAAUGAGGAGGCUGAGCCAGGCCGUGGAGGGCUGGGCGUGGGGGAGCCAGGGCCCCUGGGUGGGGGUGGGGCAGGGGGGCCCCAAAUGGGCCUGCCCCCCCCUCCCCCGGCCCUGCGGCCCCGCCUCGUGUUCCACACCCAGCUGGCCCACGGCAGUCCCACGGGUCGCAUUGAGGGCUUCACCAACGUCAAGGAGCUGUACGGAAAGAUCGCCGAGGCCUUCCGGCUGCCAGCUGCCGAGGUGAUGUUCUGUACCCUCAACACCCACAAAGUGGACAUGGACAAGCUCUUGGGGGGCCAGAUCGGGCUGGAGGACUUCAUCUUUGCCCACGUCAAGGGGCAGCGCAAGGAGGUAGAGGUGUUCAAGUCAGAGGAGGCGCUGGGGCUCACCAUCACUGACAACGGGGCCGGCUAUGCCUUCAUCAAGCGCAUUAAGGAGGGAAGCGUGAUCGACCAUAUCCAGCUCAUCAGUGUGGGUGACAUGAUUGAGGCCAUCAACGGACAGAGUCUGCUGGGCUGUCGACACUACGAGGUGGCCCGUCUGCUCAAGGAGCUGCCCCGAGGCCGCACCUUCACACUGAAGCUCACAGAGCCUCGCAAGGCCUUUGACAUGAUCGGUGUACGCUCAGGGGGUGGCCGCCCAGGCUCUGGCCCCCAGCUGGGCACUGGCCGAGGGACCCUCCGGCUCAGAUCCCGAGGCCCUGCCACAGUAGAAGAUGUGCCCUCAGCCUUUGAGGAGAAGGCGAUUGAGAAGGUAGAUGACCUGCUGGAGAGCUACAUGGGCAUCAGGGACACGGAGUUGGCGGCCACCAUGGUGGAGCUUGGAAAGGACAAAAGGAACCCAGAUGAGCUAGCCGAGGCCCUGGACGAACGGCUCGGUGACUUUGCCUUCCCUGAUGAGUUCGUCUUUGACGUCUGGGGUGCCAUUGGGGAUGCCAAGGUCGGCCGCUUCUAGGCCCCCUUCCAGACCUCUCAGUGACCUGGCUCCGCUUGGUGGGAGCCCCCCGUGGGAGGGCCACCAUGGCCUGGACCCCAGCAUCUGGCUUGGACCUUUGCUCCGCACCCCAAGGAUGACACAGAGUGGAGGUGGGCCCGGGCCUCUGCCCCACUCCAAUCGGUACCACCCCGCCCCAGUUCCCACCCUGGCUGGGGUGCCCAGUCCCCCCUUGCCAUGUUCCCCACCUACCUCAGCUGGGUCAGGCACAGGGGGUGGGGGGAGGGACCAGCCAGAUUGGGCGGCCACCCCCGCCCCCAACACUUUCCGCAUCAGCUGCCAAACUGGUCUCUCAUCUCCCUGGGGCCUGUUUGGGGGUCGUGACCUCCCUCAUUUCCUGCUGCAGGGAAUGCAGAAGGGGGGCAUCCCCCCCUCAGCAAAUGCAAUAAUGCCCUCCCCCCCCGUGCCCCACCCAGAGAGGAGCCCCCUCACCGUGGAGUCUGUUACCUCCGCAUUGGAAACACUAGUCUGCUGUGAACCCCGAACCUCCCUCCCUCCCCUGCCCUCUGUGUCUCCCUCAGCCCAGCCUCAGACAGAAGGGGCAGGAGGGAGGAUGGCAGUGGGCUUUUGUAUCUGAAUUUGCUGUCUUGAACAUAAAGAAUCUAUCUGCUGUUGGACCUG